AUGAGCGAAGACAAAGAUAGAAUCGUAUACAUCAGCAGCUUGCCCUUUGACUAUUCGGAAGAGCAGGUUGCGGAAAUCGCCAAGUCAGUCGGCCCAAUUUCAGAUUUGAAGCUCAUUUUCGACUCAGCGACAGGAAGAUCGAAAGGAUCUGCUUACGUUCAAUACGCAGACCAUGAAACCGCCCUCUCGGCUGUGCGUAAUCUCAAUAACGCCAAUGUCGGCACCAGAUACAUACGAUGUUCUCUCGCCAGUGACAGCGAUGCGUACGAUCCAGUUCCCGAGUUUUCGAGCCACAGCAAAUUGCCUCCGUUGCCGCUCGGCAUCCAGGUCCAUCCCUCUCAAAAUCCACAGCAAGUCAUCGCGUAUCUUCUAUCUACGCUCGAUCUGCAGAAGGCCUCCGAGUUAUUGAAGGAGGCCAGAACUAUGAGCUUGGAGAAUCCACAGCUUAUGAAAAAGCUACUAGACCAGUACCCACAGCUAUCACAUGCAUUGGUUGAGACCAGUAUGAUGAUCAAUGUGGCCACAAGCAGCCAGAUAGAGUUGUGUCUCAAUCGCCAACAACCAGAAUUGGACUAUAUGACACCGGAUCAUGUGGAUUUGCUUGUUUCGGUAAACAAAAUGAGCGAAGAAGAACUUGCUGCUCUUGAUGAAGACCAAGUGAAGAUGAUUAAGGACAUCAAGAACGAGAUCAGCAAGGGCUCGUAUGGAAUUAUUGACUAA